AUGCACAUCAUUCUCCUUCAGUACUUGGCCUGUCUCUGGCUGCUCUCUCGCAUUGUCCGGACAGUCUACAAUAUCUCGCCUUUGCACCCCUUGUACCACAUCCCAGGCCCCAAGCUCGCAGCCAUCACGUUUCUAUACGAAGCCUGGUUUGACCUGAUACUCGGCGGACGCUACAGUCUAGAGAUCCAACGCAUGCACCAGAUCUAUGGUCCCGUCGUUCGCAUCAACCCCGAAGAGCUCCACGUCAACGACAUCGCCUUCACCGACGAGAUCUACUCGACCGGCAAACGCAGACGCAACAAACAAGUCCAUCUUUUGAACCUCUUCGCCGGGCCCAUCACCGAAGCCAUGGUGUCAGCUGUCGACCACGACCUGCACCGCCUCCGCCGCAGCGCCGCGAACAAGUUCUUCUCGCGCGCGCAGAUUGCCAAAUUGGAGUCUGACAUCAAAGACCUCGCAGACCAGCUCUGUGACAAGCUCAUCAAUAUCGGUACCAAAAGUGAAGAGCCAAUCGAUAUCGUCACCGCGUACAGCUGUUUCACCUCCGACAUCAUUUCCGGCUACUGCUUCGGCGAGCCGUUUGGGUUUAUACGACAGAAAUCCUGGGAACCGAACUUCCGCCAUGCAUUGCACUCGUUGCUCACCCCAAUGCAUGUGUUUCGGUUCUUCCCGGUGCUGAAAGCAAUCGUGGAUCUCAUGCCAUCUGUGGCCAAGUGGUUGGAUCCCCGCGUGAAGGGCUUGGUGGAGGAAGGGAACGAGAAGAUGCCGAGGCGGGUGCACAAAGCUCGACUGGAGUACCAAGCCGGGGCGGUCCCGAAGCGACCGGCGAUCUUUCAUACUCUGGUUGCUUCGGAUUUGCCGGAGGUGGAGAAGACGGAUCACAGGCUAGGUGGAGAGAGUUAUUCGUUCAUUGCGGCGGGGACGGAGACGACUGCUGUGAGUAUUACCCAGUUUCCAGGCUCGAAGUGCGGUUUCCUAAUAUUGCACCGUAUCUCUUUCACCUUGUACUUCAACGCAUACAGAAGAGAAAAACAGUGGACACUAACCGUAACAACCUUCCACCUCCUCCACAACCCCACCCUCCUAGACAAGCUCACCGACGAGCUCCAUACCACCGACGCCCUCUCUUCCCCUUGGUCUGACCUCGAAAAGCUCCCUUAUCUCCACGCUGUCAUCCAGGAGGGCCUCCGCCUCUCCUACGGCGUCAGCCAACGGCUGCCCCGCAUCGCCCCCGACGAGCAUCUCACCUACCGUGGCGACUUCAAGGGCCGCAGACUCACCUACGUUAUCCCCCUCGGUACACCAAUGGGCAUGUCCUCCGUGAUCAACCACCACAACGAAUCCGUGUUCCCGGAUUCGCACGCCUUCCGUCCCGAGCGAUGGCUGGAGGCGGAUGAGACGCAGCGCCGGCGGAUGGAAACCUGCUUGAUCCCGUUUUCGAAGGGUAGUCGGCAGUGUUCGGGGAUGAAUCUAGCGUAUUGCAGUCUCUAUGUCACGCUGCCCGUUCUGGCGCUACGUGUGCUUCCGCGAAUGAGGUUGUAUGAGACCACGGCGGGGAAUGUGGCCUAUGAUCAUGAUCUGUGGUUUCCGAUGCCGAAGGAGAGUACCAAGGGGGUGAGGGUUGUUAUCUCGUAG